GCGUACCCGGAAGUGUCGAUGCUAAAUGAAAGCAGGUAGCUAUGAGAGCUACGCACUGUAGGAAAAUCUGUGCUUGAACUGCAGGGUGUGUUGAUGACAAAGCUGUCAAAAAUAUAAGUGACAGUCUGUUAAUACCUCUGCGGCGGACCAGAUCUGACGUGGGUCUAACCGCACCUAGGAGUUUGGUCAGGCCAAAGCCUAGUGUUUGGCUGGGUUUGAAUAUGGCUCUGUCAUUCCUUUUGGUCUUGGCUGCAACUGUGAUUCUUAUCAGACCCGAGACACCCGUAACUAAGGCUCUACAUCAGAACUCGCUUGAGUGCUGCGGCGAGAAACAGAGAGCAAACAACUCAUGUUCAAAUGACACACACUGUGAACCAGGAUGCUUCUUGCGUGUCCUUGAGAACAGCAACACUGUUUGCAUAUUCUGUGACUCAGCAGCUGUGGAUCUGGAGAACAUAACAGUCUGCACCUACAACUACACGGUGGAGAGGAAAAAUCACACAACUGUAACUACUGUCAUUCCUAAAAUUGGAGGCCCGGGUGUGGCAGCCUCUCUUCUUCUGGGAACGCUGUUGAUCAGCCUGUUCCUGAUCCUCUCCGUUGCCUCGUUUUUCUACCUCAAGCGCUCCAAUCGACUCCCGGGCAUCUUCUAUCGUCGCAACAAGGCCUUCAUAUUCCAACCAAGUGAGACGGCGGUGAUGAUCCCCUCCUCGUCAGUGAGAAAGCCAAGAUAUGUCAGAAGGGAGCGGCCCUCUGCAACAUCAACAAUGAACAGUGCCAUCGUACCCACCACAUCCACCACUCAAGACUAUAAUGUGUAGGCGGAGGGAUGGGAGGGCUGGUGCAGGUAGGAGAGGAGCAAUGUUAGUUUUUUUUCAUCAUUUGAAGGUUCAGCAAUGUGAAGAAAGACCAGCUGACUCGCCCUUAAGUGGCCAAAUUUACCUGUAGCUGCUUUUGCUGCAUUGUUUGUCAUUUUAUUAAAACUGAAAACAACAAGUAUCCAUUAACUAACCUUGAAAGUCUGGGACUUGUUCAUAUUACAUUUUUUUACACAGUAACUCAAAUAUACAAGUAAAAAAUGUUUCAGUAUUUCUAUGUGAUGGUGGUUUGUGUUUUCCUCACGCGGCACUUCAAGGUCACUCCUUUAUUUUUAAGUCUAAACACUGUUUUUAUCUGCUGUUUGACAGUUUGUUUUCAGGUGUUCAGGUGACUUAAUCUUAAAGGUGCUAUAUGUAAGAAUUUUUGUUUGAAUAUAAAAUAUCAACAGAAUGUUAGGAAAGUUUUAAAGUCACUGUGUAUAGCUUUGCAGAGAUCAUCUACUGACAUAGCAUGCUAACCAACUAGCCCUGUUCCAGAAAACCUCUGUUCAAAGCCCCUGAGAUAGCAGUGACAACACCAGCACUAGGUCAGCAGUCUGGCUAGUGCACUGCUAUCUGAGCUAACUAGCUAACAGCAACUACAGUCAUGGAACAAAAUACAGUUCAGCAGUUACUCUGGUGAUAUGCUGCCCCUGUUUGUUGGUUGUAUGAGUUCAAGAGUCAGCCAAUUCUUACAUAUUGUACCUUUUAAGUGACGGGUUUCAUGAAUAUAUGGCCCUAUGUGUUCAGCUAUAGUUCGACAAUGAAGGGGAAUUCCUCUAUUUUUAAACCUCCGCCCUAUAUUUACUUUCUGUGUAAAAAUUGUGUGUUAAAAAAAAAAAAAAUCCUACUUACCAAAGUUUUAGAAUCAAUCCAGUCGAUCACUAGAGACAUGGCUGCAAUGGCUACAACAUAAUCCUUUGGGACAACUUAGAUUGUUAGAGUUAUGCAUUACAAGUGCUUGUUCUAGCUGCUGACAAGCUGAGAUUAUUUUUUCUGAUAACGUUGCAUAAACCAUAGACCUUUUUUGUUAAAAAGUCUCAGUCUAAAAUUGGUGGUAGAAGUCAGAGUUGGAGAGAAGAGAAGUUUGGAAUUCACCUCUAGAAACUGUCAGCAAGAAUGUAAUUCCAAAGUUAUGUCUGAAAAUGUAACUGAUUUUGACAACAUGGAUGACACAACAACUGCAACCUCUAACCUCAACAGAUUUCAGAGCGAGACUUCUCCUUGAAUCUUGAAAGAAACAGUUCUGUCUCCUGAGGAAUCGUUUCCAGAAUGUAGUCAGACACUCAGAACCUAUAGUCAGAACCUCAGCCUGUCAGUGACAAAAACAAACACUUUUAGUUGACAUUACUAUGCCAGUCACAGUUCCCCCAAAGGAUUACAUUGCAGCUAUUGCAGCUGUAUUGCAGCUGAGGCAAUCCACUGGACGGAUUCAAAAACUUGUGGUACAAUUGAACCCUUUACACACCCAAAUAUGUAAAUAUAGGACUCAGGUUUAAAAAUACCAGAAUUCACCUUAAAGAAGAUAAAGUCGUUCACUCAUGUUGAAUGUUAUGUCUUCUGUAAUCUCUGGUGGAAAAAAUGCCACAGUAUUUUGGCAGAUGUUGUUUUUUUCACUUUGUUUUUGUAGGACGUGAGGUGCUGUUGGGUUGAUAUUUUUUUACAGAGCCAGGCUUGUGUUCCCCCCGUUUCCAGUCUUUAUGCUAAGCUAACCUGUAGCUAUAUAUUUUUUAACAGAUAAAAGAGUGGUGUUGAUCUUCUCAUAUAACUCUCUCAAGUGUAUUUCCCAAAAUGUUGAAAUGUUUAAAGCAAAGCCAGUCCACAGUCCAGUGAUGAUCGAUGGAAGUCUUUCUUUUUAAGUUUGCAGUUUUGAUGUUUUUCUUACAUGUGUAUUUAUUCUCAAUUUGUAGUGCACUGAUUACUGAUUACUGAUUACAAAUAGACCAACAGUAGAAAUUAUGUGUGGAUCGGGAUGUUUUGUGUAGAGUUAACGGGACCCUCUGUUAUGGAGGACUGACAGAGCCAAAAUAAAAAAUAAUAACAAAAUAAAUAAACAGCUCAAUAGAUGAAUCAUAUGCCAUUAAAUGCACCAAAAACCUUAAAAAUAAAUGUGGACAUUAAUUAAUUUUUAACAUGCUACAUGAUUGAUAUUUCUUCCUUACAUUUUUCUUAUGUAUGAAUUUAUCUCUGUAUUAAUCCCAAUUUAAUUUUCCAUUUUUAUUUAUUAAUACAUUUUCUUACAACCAUUUUUUAAUAAAACACAAAAGCAAAAAUUUGAAUAGAUACUUAGAUAAAUAUACAUUUAAACAUCAUAAUUACAGAAGUAGAACAGAAAUAUCUAUUAAUGUCACAUAAAAAAAGAUUUAAUUAAUGCAUAUAUUUCAUUUUUGUAUUAAUUUUGGUGCGUUUCAUUGCAUAUUUACUGUUUUUUGUUAUUUAUUGAGCCAUUUAUUUAUUUUACUUUUUGAUUUUUGUCAGUUUCAUACCUCUGUACUCUAUUGAUGGUUUGCUAUCUUCUUUUUGCAUUUUUGUUAUUGCAUUUAUAUUUAUUAUGUUUGCGAGCUUAACCAAGAUGAAUGUAUUAAAUCUGCGUCAUGAAUCAUAAAUUACAUUCUACCACACAAAGCAGAACGAUUUAAAGUCAUUCUCAGCAACAAAAUAGUGUCUUUGCAAAGUGAUCCUACAAAACAACUUCAUGAAACAAAAAGGCUUUUGUUCCAUGAAGUAGAUUUAAAUCCCAAUAUAUUUUUCUCUAAAAGGAUAAAAUAAUUGAAUCCCUGUGCACUUUAUUUGUCUGAGGUCAUCAGCUAACUUUAAAAAGAAAUACUCUAAAUAACUUGUUGCUGGUGAGUGUGAUUGAGACUUUUUUGUUGUAUAGAUGGCAACACUGUUGUUGCAUGUGAACAUUACUUGACUACUAUUCUCUUUUGCCAAAUGUUGUCUGAAGAAAAUGGCGUUUACUGUGUGCCAUUACUGUGAUAAUUAAUGUGCCAUUAUGAGCUUUAACUGCAGCCAGGAAACGUUUCGUCAUGACGAGAUGAAUAAUUGGGUAUUUGAAUUAUAUCCAGUGGCCUUUUACGUACAACAGUCUGAAACAAAAGUUCUGCAAGUUUUAUUUGCGACAUUUGAUCAUGAUUUUAAGAGAUUUCUGUCUUAAGUAUACGUGAAGCCAUAUGAAGUGAACCAGAUAAAAUGCGGCAUUCAUUCCAUGAAUAUUUUUUUUUUGUUGCUCUGUGUUUGCUGUUGUACAAAUGACCAUAAGCUGAAUACAUGUACAUAUUGUUUUAUACAAAUGACAUAUUGUUUUUGUAAUGACGUACAAAUUCUAGUUUCAAUGCCAUGAAGAAUGUUCUGAAGAUGUGUGUAAUGUUUGGAGAAAUAAAGCACCUUUCCAUAA